AUGCCUACGCUCCACCAUGCACUCCUUCGUUCAAUAAAGCCACUAAAAAAACUGUGCCCUGAAACCAUACGUUUGGACACUAGAUCCUUCUUGAAUUUAGUGGUUUAUGGCGUUCAAUCGUGUGGUAUGGCUUACGUAAGCCCUUACAUAAUUUCUUGUACAAUUGGUGACGGUGAAGGUUUCCCUCUUCCUAGUUUUCUAGAUCCUUCUCGUCUUCAAUGUCCACGCAUUCAUACGAAGCAGCAACCAAUAUUAAUUGCGCGGCUCCAUCCGAAGUCAAUGGUAAACGCGUCUUCACUCUGUGCAUGUUUCUAA